AAUCCGUACUUAAGCGACUACUUUUCCACUCCAAUAAAUCAUUCGUAUUUCGGCAAAGCUGUAAAUUUUGGCAAAUUCGCAACCAUUCUUUAUACGGCAACCAUGUCUCGAGUAAUGCAGGCGGAGCCGAGGGGUCUCCAGUGGGUGGCCAUGUCGCGAGGAUCCUUCCCAAAAUUCGCCGUGGAAGCGGGAAUCGAUUCCGGGAAGAAAUUGUACGUCGCCAGAGCCUCCCACGCAGGGGGUGUGGUUCCUGGAAAACUGCACGUGGGUCAUUCAUCCGCAUACAUUGCGUAUGACGGGAAGGAAAUCAGCAUGCCGAAUUAUGAGGUCUUGAUAGGUCCCACGGCCAGUUUGAGCUGGGUAGAAUCCAGCAAUGGGCAGGUUCCACAGCACGCUGUGAUUGGAGGUCGGGAUCCAGGUGGUGAAACUUAUUACAUUGGCCGUGUCGUUAUCAAUCGCACUGUAACGGUGGGGAAAGUGCAUCCAACCCACAAGGCGUGCUAUGUCCCAUACGAUGGGAAAGAACAUAAGCAUACCACGUAUGAAAUUUUGGUGAGGAAUUUGCUCGGACGAGCGCUUAACGUUUGACAGAGCUAAGGUGUCAGAAUAUUUACUAUUUACAUAUGUACAUAUCUGGUAUUCUGUAUGUGAAUCCAAAAUUUGAGACUUUAAAAUAAAACUCACUUCAUGCCAUAA